CCGCAACAAUUAUCGCUACUAUGAGAAAGAUCAAGAUGCCACAGAUGAAAGUCCGCCGUCUUUUCUGGCGUUGGGCCUCAAUCCAAUGAUCACUGCCGAUUUUCAUGGAUGAUUAGCCGGGUGAACUAUAAUGUCACACGAGGGUUUUGACAUACGUCCAGAUGGUAGGUUUCUUUGGUCCUGUUUCUGUCUUUGCUUCUUCGUCGAGGUGCAUAGCGGCAGAGAAGCGUUUCCAGAACGCCGGGUCCCGGACAAGUGCCAUGAUCACGCUGCUCCACUAGUUGCCAGACAUGGGGUGCCGCAAUUCACUGGUUUCAGAAUAAAUAAGGUGUCCGUGCUGUCGAUUGAAGGGCCGUACGAUGGCUCAGCCUGGAGCUUGGAGGCGUCAAGGAUAGUAAAUUUGAAGGAUAUCAACAAAGUUACGUUGACACAGUCAACCAAAAUAUGAGCGGUAAUGUACGCUUUCGCUUACGGCUGGAGCG